AAAUGGUUAAGGUACAUGUUACGGUUAGGGAUAGGUAAGGGUUGUGGUAAAGGUAGGAGUUAAGGGUUAGAGGUUAAGGGCGUCCCAAGGAUUCCGGAUUGCUCCUGCCAGUGUUUAGUGCCACGAGCCAAACAACUUGACAGAGAUAGUGUGCUAAGUUUGUCCCCGCUGGCUUCCCAUCAAACUACCAGACUGACGGCUUUGUUUAAUUGACAAGCUAAAAGGAUAGUUGUAUUAGGUCGAGACGCCUGGAAUAGGUUUGCGAGACGUAUCGGAGACUAUGGCGAACAUGAAAGGAUAACUGCGGAUAAAGUGUCUUGAAAAUAAGAAACUUCGACAGAAUCUCAAAGUUUAUACUUCACUGUCAUGUUUAUUGUUGAAUGCGCUUUUGUGUGCGCGAACAAACGAUAUUCAGGACUGUGUGCUGCGGAUACAGGGUCUUGCUGUACUGAUACUGCUGUGGGCAGCACUGAGGACAAUGAGGCUGUGACUGGCCUCCUGCAGCCAUGACAGAGCUGGAGAUUGAUCAGUCCCACCUGCCACGGGUCCAGGAAGUGUGCCAUGUUUUUGCUGUCCUAGAGGAUGGAGCGUUGGCACACAACCUACAGGAACAGGAAAUUGAGCAGUACUACACCACCAACAUGCAGAAGAACCAGCUGGUGCAGAAUGACAUCCGCAUCGCCAAGAGGCUGCAGAAUGAGGAGGAGGAACAGAGCACUCAGCACAGAGCCCUCCUGAGCCAGGCAUCUAGACAACUUCAGGAGGAGGACUCGGAGUACGCCAGGAUGAUCCAGGAGGAGAUCUUGAGAUGUGCUGAUGAGGAGGCUCAGAGAAGGGAGCAGGAGGACGAGGAAAUGGCUAAACGAAUCCAGGAAGAGGAGGAGCUGAGGGUCAGACGGAGGAGUAGGCAGGAGAGCCUCAGUGACGGAGCCGCACUGCAGCCGGAGAAGGGGGCGUGUCUGGACCUGGGGGAGCUGCAGCAGGUGCUGCUGGAUGAGGAGCUGGCCAGGAGGCUGCAGGAGGAGGAGAAGCUGCUGAGGAGGAGCCCUCCAGCCCGUCCCACCCACUAUCAACGAGAUUCCUACCCAGCGGGAGACUUCAGAGUUGCACAAGUGGCUCAGGAUGAGGAAAUCGCCCGCUUCAUGCAGAAGCAGGAAAUGAAGUCAAAGCGUCGUUCACGUGACCUUGAUGGCCCGGGGUCACGGUGUGAACCGCAUGACCUGGCUGACCCCUAUGACCGAAGAACUGCCAGAGAGAGACGGAUCGAGCGGGAGAGACUGGACUCAGAGGACCUUCCAUCUCCUACUGAAGACUGCUCUCCAGACUAUCAGGCCCCUAGACCCACAACCCAACCACAACAGCCAAUCAGAAACAUUGCAGAGGAACUGGACCCAACCUUCAAGGCCAGUAGACAAGGCAAGGAGAGCAGCAGAGCGGGACCGACAAUCUCUGGCACAUCCUCCUGCCAGUCUCAUCCCACUCCUCACUCCGGCUUACAUCAUUUUAUGGAGGAGCCAACGUUCAUCCCGCCCACCAAGAGGCAAAGCGACAAAUCUGUACGCGCCAAAUCCAAAGAGAAGAAGGAGAACUGUAAGCAGCAGUGAUGUCAGUCUGAGACCAUGGGCCCGGGAGUAUAACAGCACACCCCUCACAUUACUUUACCGGGCUGCAAGAGGAUGUAAAGAAAAUUAUGUUUAGUUAUCCCAACUAGCACUUUAACCAGUUAAAAAAAAGAAUUGGCGUUUUUGUUAAAAGGACUGGUCCAGAUACUUUAUUUUUACGUUUGAGUCGUGAGUGCAUACUGUGCAUACUGUGCAUACUGUGCAUACUGUGUUCAUAUAACCCAAUAAUAUUCAAAGGGAAGAAUUGUACACUGAACAAAAAUAUAAACGCAACUUGUUGCGUUUAUAUGUUUCCUGAGCUGAAAUAAAAGAUCCCAGAAAUGUUCCAUACACACAAAAAGCGUAUUUCUCUCAAAUGUUGUGCACACAUUUGUUUACAUCACCGUUAGUGAGCAUUUUAUCCUUUGUCAAGAUAAUCCAUCCGCCUGACAGGUGUGGCAUAUCAAGAAGCUGAUUAAACAGCAUGGCGCUGAAGAGUAUUUCUGUGUGUAAUAAAGCCCUAAAGCACUAAUUCUGAUUGGCUGUGCCUGGCUCCCCAGUGGGUGGCCCAACCAUGGCUGCACCCCUGCCCAGUCAUGUGAAAUCUAUAGAUUAGGGCCUAAUGAAUUCAUUUCAGUUGACUGAUUUCCCUAUAUGAACUGUAAUUCAGGAGAAUAUUUGAAAUUGUGGCAUUUAUAUUUUUGUUCAGCAUAGUUGGCCUUCCCUAUUCAUAUUUGCCUUCUGUGUUGAUGAGAGAAGGUUAAUAUCAAUCAGUUUGUUUUAUUGUUUGACUUCUUUGUUUUGUUAUUUAGUAUUAUUAAGGGGAGAUCUGAGUAACACUCCGAUUCACAUGGCAACACUUCUUAAACCCUAUUUUAGAGAUGCUGUCCCCUCUUGAUAUCUGUUUGAGAAAGACCUGAGGGGAUCUUUGAGAACAGACUUAUCAUGUAAUUCGCAUCUAAAGUGUCAAUAAGUUUCCCAAUGACUGGGAAAUACAAUUGUCACUUAGCCCAUUGGGGAAAUACUGGAUUGUCUAAGGUUAGGCUGUCAAGUCAUAUGUUUAUGACCUGGAAUCCUCUUGCUGUACUGUAGUCAUCCUCCAACUCCACAUCUUCAGUGUUUACAGUUAUGCUGUAUGACAGGAGAUCACGGCAAACCGAGCAUGCUGCUGAUAUGAGGUAACUCCACCUUCUCCCAUGAACCUAAACUUUACAUUGAGUAGUUAUGUAAAUGCUAAACUGCAUCCUUCCUCAAUCUAGUUUUCCCACCAACUCUCUGCUUCUGGUCAUUUUGCACCACUCAAACUGUCAAUUGAGUACAUUCAACAGAGUUCCAUACUCUACAUUUUCAUUCCUUUUUAUUUAAACAUACUUUUUUUACACAGUAAUACAGCAACUACAUGUUAGACAAAUCACUGCUAGAACUUAUCUUUAUAGCACUGGGAUCAGUGCUCUCAUAGGUUUCUCUGAAGUGUUUCUGAAUAAAAUGAACACCCAUGAUA